ACAUAUCCUGUUUUACAGAUUCUUCUGAUUUGUUAUAAGUGUGAAUGAGGUGCUAUUCAAUAUCAAUAUUUGUAUGAUAAAUGGCAGCAAGGGCAGGAACUCCGAUAGGCCGAAAUUUUCAAGAGUUUCAUUUUGGACCUUGGACAGUGUCUGCUAAAAAGGGUCCUAUAUUGAAAAGUGAUGAUGCUGAAACUUUAUCUAGAGAGCUUGAGCUUCCUCAAAUUCCUGAGAUGACAUUUGGUCAAAACGCUAUCAAAAUCAGCCACACAAACAAAUUCAGCAUUGAAUUUAAUGCAAUUGAUGCACUACGACUUGUUGAUAACAAAAGAGAUUUGAUGAAAGUGGCAGCAGCAAAAGAGUGGAUCGAAAGUCGCAAAGAUUGUGAAUAUAUUCACCAAACUGUAAAGCCUUUUGAUUGGACAUAUUCAACUAAUUACAAGGGCACAAUUAUCGGGGAACCUGAGCAUGUAAAAGUAGAAGAGACAGAGGAAAAAAUAAACCUUGAAAAAUUGAAAGUCCGGGAAAAAAUAGCGUUUUUUGAACAGGCUAUUCUAUUUGAAGAUGAACUUGCAGAUCAUGGCUGUGCAGAACUAAGUGUUAAAAUGAGAGUAAUGCCAUCAUGUUUCUUUGUUUUAAUGCGCUUCUUUCUUCGUGUUGAUGGUGUACUGGCACGAACACAUGACACAAGAUUAUAUCACGAAGGAGGCACAAACUAUCUUAUUAGGGAGUAUUCCGAAAAAGAAUGCAUGCUAGAUGGAAGCAAUAUUCCAGCAAGUGCGCUUACAGAUUCUCAUGCCAUUGAUAAGUAUCUUUCUAAAAAGACAGAAAUUUUACAUAAAUUGGUUUUCGAUGCAAAUGUUACAAAUAUUUCACAAACUUCUUCCCCAUUGUCUACUACAAGUACUUGAAACUCUAAAAAAAACACUAAAAAUUUUUGUGUGAUAUAUUUGUGCUGUGUUCGCUUUUAAUGGGGUUUUAAAUAAGCAGGUCUGAAAUUUGAAUCAUGUCAAUAUUAUGCUGAAACCUAAUCCAUUUAUAUUAUUCUUGUUACAGAUUAGUUGUUGAUGUCUAGUUUUUAUUUGUUUAUCGGCAGUUUUGAUAAUUUUAUUAAUUCAAAUAAUGUUGAAUAUUUUGGUGAUAUAGUCCAUGGUGCUUUUCAGUAUGUUUCAAAAUACCAUUGACCAGUAUAAGACACAUUAAUUUGGUGUUUAAAAAAAUAUCGUUAUUUUCAUUGGAUACCAUUUUUAAUGGCGAUCGAAUCAUAUAUAUAAUUUGAAUAGACGUGAUUAUUUUCGUUGAGAGGUGGUAAUUUGGUUAAAGUUUAAUUCAAAAUAUGUUUGUAAUUCUGUCAUAUACCGGUAUAUAUAUAUGUAAUUUUGUAUUUUUCACAUUCUGAUUUUUUAGA